AGCAGUCAAAUAGCCUUCUCGCUAUACGGGAGGUGUGGAUAAAGCAAACCGGUAACAAGUGUUUACACAGUGACUAGGACGACGACGUCUCGCCCCAGCAAUGCUUCUCGGUGCCCGUAUCACCAAUCUCUGGCGGCUUCGACGUCCACUUCUCGGCAUGUCUCAGACUCAGAGGUCGUGGAUAAAGCUCCAUUUUUCUUGUUUGUCUGAAGUCAAGGUAUCUCAUUCCUUGGAUGAUGAAUGUGACGAUUUUCUGCCAUGGUUGCAGCGAAAAGCUGGGGUUGAGAUUUCAUCUGUACUUUCCAUUGGGAAAUCAGCAUACGGCAGGACUCUAUUUGCUUCGGAUAUAAUACAGGCUGGAGACUGCAUUUUGAGUGUUCCUUACAAUGUGCAACUAUCUCCAGAUUAUCUUCAUCCAGAUAUUAAUACCCUUUUAAAUAGUGAAAUCAGCUAUGUUGCAAAGCUCGCCAUUGUAGUUCUAGUCGAGCAAAGAUUGGGACAGGAUUCUGAUUGGGCCCCUUACAUCAGCUGUCUUCCUCAGCUUGAUGAGAUGCAUAACACAAUUUUUUGGAGCGAAGAUGAGUUGGAGAUGAUUCAUCAAAGCUCUGUAUAUAAGGAGACAAUUAAUCAAAAAUCUCUAAUUGAAAAGGAAUUUUUAGCUGUUAGGCCUGCUUUUGAACGCUUCCCUGAAGUAUUUGAAAGGAUCACUUAUAAGGAUUUUAUGCAUGCAUAUGCUUUAGUUAGUUCUCGAGCAUGGGGUAGCACAAAGGGAGAAUCCUUGAUUCCAUUUGCAGAUUUUCUGAAUCAUGAUGGCACUUCAGAAGCAGUUGUUAUGAGUGAUGAAGACAAACAGUUAUCAGAGGUUAUUGCUGAUCGCGAUUAUAGUCCAGGUGAACAGGUGCUGAUAAGAUAUGGAAAAUUUUCAAAUGCUACCUUGUUGUUGGACUUUGGAUUCACACUUCCAGACAACAUUCAUGACCAGGUUCAUAUCCAGCUCAAUAUACCUCAUCAUGAUCCUCUCCGUGAAAUGAAGUUGGAAGUUUUGCAAAGACAUCAUAGACCAAUCGGCAAAGAUAUCCAUGGCAUCAACUCUUCAGUGGGUUCUUUCACAAUCAAAAUCGGUUUUCUAACCUUAAUGAUUGCAUUACUUCAUAGGGAAGUGAAGUCUGCUAGUGGAAAAGGGAAAGGUAUUCCACAAUCACUUCGAGCAUUUGCCCGUGUUUUAUGUUGCACAUCUUCGCAAGAGCUUAGAGAUCUGGCAGUGGAAGCUGAACAAACCGAUGGUCGCCUUGCACGACGUUCUUUAAAGAACAUCAACAGAGAGAUUGAAGCGCAUCGAUUCUUGAUAUCACAAAUAAGUCAAUUAAUUGAGGAUUAUCAUACAUCUAUUGAGUCACUCGGCCCUCUUAGUUCUCCAUUUGUUUCUGGAAAGCUGGCUCUCCGAAGGAAAAUGGCUCUGGAUCUUCUCAACGGUGAGCUUCGUGUUCUCAGGUCUUCUUAUGCGUGGCUGGAGAAUUACUGUGCAACCUGGACAACAACUGACUAUCAUCAAUGAUGACAUUGGUGAUAGCAAAAUUGGCAUCGAAUCAAUAUUGAAAGAUGGAAGAUUGUAUCCGUUGACACUGAGUCGUUGCUGGCGCAAAUUUGUGGUUUCAUGCAAAAUUGCUUGACCGAGAACUGCUUGCACAGAAGUCCACCAUAUUAAUUGGUGUGAAAGCUGUCGUGUUCUUAAACCAGUGUUCAACGGAUCAAUUGCAAAGAUGAGAAGAGCAAUUGAUGUGAGCUUGAAGGCAUCCAUGUUCAUAGAUCAUAUGUAAGUUUUGUAUUUUAUAAGAGAAAAGAAAGAGUUUUAAACUGUUCAUAGUGGAAUCUGUAAAAUAACGUUGCUUAAGUCCAUUCACAUUAGGGAGUUUCAGGCAGAGCCUAAAGUCUGUUUUAUUGGCUGCCGUCUAGUCUCAACUACAAUCAUUUUCUUUAUUUUUCUCCUGUUUCCGCCUUUGAUUUCAAGUUAUGCGACUUCAAGCAAAACACUCUUUUAAGAUAUUGGCAUCCAUUUGAAAAAUAAAUAAA